GUUUAUCUUGAAGUGCCAUAAUGACUUAGAAAAAUGAGGAUUAUCGGAUAUUUUUUAACUUUGUUUGUGUUGUUCGUGUCAAAUGUUGAGGGAUGUACAAUCCCGACAGCAUUGAUUGGGACCUGGACCAGUAGUAACUCCGGCACUAUAGAACUCAACUCCACUCAUCUGAUUGAUUAUUCUAUAUACAAUAAAGGCGGACUAACGUUCGAGUGCUUCGACCACACCGGACGUUAUUACUCGUUUAAAACUGAAAGUAUUUCUUUGUUCAAUGCAGUGGCUGUUGCUUCAUUAUGUAUCGAGUUUACAGCAGUCAAAACGGGAAUGUAUAAAUAUGUCAUCAAGACAAGUCAACUGUCACAAGCAGAUAAUGAAAGAUUUAUGUAUGCCUCUAGCUCGACAUCGCUGACUUCGUCCCUUGUAUGUGAUGACACGUCAAACACGGAUUACCAUAUAUUAUUAGAUUCAAGCACUGAUGCCGCGGAUUUCGCUCAACAAUGUCCAGAUGCAUUUCUCGGAAUAUUUGGGUAUGUUUCUAAUAUAACAACUGGAGCAGAGUGUAACGGAACCGGAAGUCUUAAUGUGUGUGACACAACUACGAAGAUGUCCUUCAAUUAUACGGCAUGUUCUACAGUUCAAGCUUAUUCCAGUGGUGGGGAGUUGUACUGUAUUUCAUCAAGGACUUCCGGUACUAGUACCCAAGUAACGAUGUAUAACCUUGAUUCAACGACUGAUGAGUCAACGACUUACAGGUUUAUGUGCUAUGUUGUUGAAUCUUCGACUGAUGGUAACGUGUAUGCUUCACAAUUUCCUCAGUAUUGUUACACUGGACAAACACCAACCACUGUAUCAAGUCCAGGGGGACUAAUUGUACUGACAGCUAGUUUGCCUCCAAAGUCUUCCGGUUUAACCGCUGGCGCCAGCGCAGGAAUAGCUAUUGGUGUACUUCUAAUAUUAUUAAUUCUGUUGCUGCUUAUUGGAUUCUGCAUAUACAAGAAGACCAGGAAAGUGGACCCCGGUCCAAUACCACCUGAUCAAGGUGUGGCACCGGCAGAAACAAAAAUGCCGACUGAAGACAAAUCAAGACCGGAUAUGAUGAGAAAUAUAAGACCUUUCAACCAUUCAAACAUGCGUAGAAACGACGAUAUGGACAUUGAGGAUAUUGAAGAUAGGGAUAAGGUUCCAAGACUGGAGAGAGAUCUUACCCAACAUUCAACACUCCGACAACAGAUUAUAACACCGAGUGUUGUGAAUCCUAUGGUCCGUGAAUGGAGUGAUAUGGGCUACUCCGAUGACUUGACAUUAAUAGAUUCGGAGAAUAUGCAUAAUCAGUUAGAUCCCCCCUCACCUAUACCUGAAGGGUUAACACCAGUCGAAGGAUUCGGUCCAGUGUACGAUUAUUGGAAUACUGUAGACGAAAGGCACGCUCCGGAAAAGAAGAAAAAGAAAAAGAAAAAUGUGAAAAAGAAGAAAAAGAAAAAUGAUUAGGGAAAAGUAUAUAAUGAAGUACAAUUUGGACGUGAGAUAUAUAUCUGUACGAUAUUAAUUGAUACUUUUGAGAGAGGGAGAGAGAGAAAACAAGCUGUUAUACAAUGAUAGAUAAGUGCUUAUGAUGUUAGCAUAUGCACAAUGAAGUAUUAUUUUGACGUUUUUUAUACAACAUUAUGCAAUGUUUGUCUAUAAUGAAUUUAUGGUGUUCUUUUACUUCUGGAAAGUGAUGGUUUAAAUACAUGUAUAUUAUCUAUUAUUGCUGUUUUACGAAUUUUUCCUUUGAUCUUGCUGACUGAUAAUUUCCUUUCUCAGCGGAGUCGAGUGAUAUGAAAACGGAGUCGAGUGAUAUGAAAAUUAUCGCUAGAAACUAAGGGAACACGUGCCGUUGUCAAGGAAAUUAACAACGUCUUCAUAGGUAAAAUAGCGAUAAACAGAUUAUCAUUGGUCAUCUCAACUCGAUUCCUUUUUUCACUUUCGCCGUACCGGCUCAAGCGAGAAAAUCAAUCUCGUUGAGAUGACCAACGAUAAUCUAUAAUUAAUUUUAUUUUUAUUUUGUCAGUUAGAAGAUUAUUGUACAAUUGAAUAUUCUUUUACGCUCUUAGAAUUUUGUUAUUAUACUGUUUACAAGAAUUGUAAAAGUUGUAUGCGACAUGAGCUAACUUGGUGUGAUUUAUGAUAACGUUUUCAUUUACUUUAUAACAAUUAUUCAUGAUCAGUCACUUAUUGGUAUUGAGAUAACAGUUCUGUCACGAUAGUUUUCAGCUACACAGCUAACAACAAAAUCAACAUUUUGUAUUUUUUGUUACGAUUUUAUUUUAUUUUGUAUGUAUCUCUGGGAAGAUAUGUUUUAAAAAAGCCAAUAAGUACAAAUCCAACACUUAAGAAUUCCUCUAUCUUAUUUCAGUUUUUGUUGUUGUCAGAUGGUCUCUAUUGUGAUUUGGCUAGACAAGUUAGAUGUUAAGGAGCAGCUAAUAUACAAAACAUGAAAAUGACCAACCAAAAUUUGCGUUACACAUUUUUUUGUUUAUUCCUGUAAUAUUUUGUUGACCCAUACUGCUUACAAAAUGGGAAUAGUGUGCUUGUAUCGAAUUCAAGCAUUUCUCAAAUUGCUUUCAAAAUUGAUCAAGUGUGCUUAUUUACAAACAAAUAUUCAAACACAUAUGCUUAUUCGAUCCAUACAUUUUAUAUAUACUUGCCCUGUACUUAUAGAUAAUAGAUGUAAAAGUAUUUUAAAAACUAUUCCCUUAUGGUAACAAGCUGACAUACAAGGCAACAAUACCACAAACCAUUUUUUGUUGCAAGUAAAACCUCAAGAAACUAGAAAUAGAUCAUCUGGACGACAGAAAUAAGUUAACUAAUAUUUUAUGUUUUGUAUGUGCUCUUUACUUUUAUCUUAUUUAUUAAAUGGUAAAACUGUGUAAUGUGCUGAUGAUAUUAUUACAGAGACAGAUUCUAACGCUGGGUUAACAGCAGCAGCAACCAUUGGCAUUGCAUUUGCUGUCUUGUUUUUAUUCCUACUAUUAGUCUUCAUAUGUGGUUUUAUUGUACACAAGAAAUCUAAAAAGGGUGAACCAUUAUUAAAAGAUGACUCCGAAUCCGAAACGGAACUGCAGAUAGAAAACCCUCCUGGAAAUCGUCCUAGAUCGAUGAAAAGUACAGUUAAUACCACAGCCAUGCACGUGCCAUCUAGUACACUUCCGUUUAUUGAAGGAAGUGACAAAGUUCCGACAUUGUCACGUGACCUUACACGCCAAUCAAUUCCAACGAUUUCAAGAGAUGCUACACAGCAGUCGAUUAUUACACCACGUGCAAUCAAUCCAUCUGUCCGGGAGUGGUAUGACAAAGAAAUGGAAAAGACUAUAUUCUUGGCAGCCGCAAAGUGACUUGAAAAGACUUGAAUUGAACAUAUUGCAUUUUUAGUAUUCCUCAAUUUUUAAUUCUGUUCGUAGUAUGUUUGAAUGUUUUUGGUAUCAAAAGGUGUUUUAAAAAUGUUCUUAAAUAAUAACUUCGACAAUGUAAAAAAAGAGUGUAUCUUCUAUUGAUAAUAAUACGCUUAAAGAUG